UAUGGUUGUUGAAUAAGUUUGUAAUGCUGCAAAGUGGCAAUGCAUCCAUCAGGUUUACUCAUAUUGACAACUCAUAUAUCAUCACUAUGUAAAGGUGAUGCUGUGGCAAGAAUACUGACCAAUGUUGGAAAAUUUGUGAAAUCAACUCUGUAUGUUCACUUGAUCAAUGUUCAUGGUAGUACAAGCAUAAAUAAAGAUUCUAGUUUCACCGUAUCCAACUUACUUCAUUCAACUGGUUCUCGCCCUCUAACACCACAUACCUUCAAUGCAGAUGUUCUGCCAUUUGUGACAAAAUUUUAUUCACAAUGUGCAUUACACUGUGGACAUCUUGAUGUCAAUGUACUUCUUCACAAUAUUGGGGAAAGCUCUUCGCACCCUCAACCUCUACCAAAACCAAUAAAUUGCAUUCUGGUGGAUUUGCCAAAAAGCAGUGAUGAAGUGGAAGACACACUUAGGACAUAUGUUGAUUCAACUUAUUCCACCCUCAAAGAUGAAGCAGGUGCUACCUCACAAGGCACUUCAGUAGAUCCAGUUGAAAAGAUGCCUGUUUACACUUUCAACCUCACAGAUAGUGAUGUAAAAUGCGACAAGUCCGAUGAAAAUGUAGGAAAAACAUCUACCAUAAUAAAAAAAGAAGCGGUUGUAUUGGGUGGUACGUUUGAUCACUUGCAUUCUGGACACAAAGUUUUGCUUAGUGAAGCAAUCCUAAUGGCAAGCAGGAAGAUUGUUAUAGGACUUUCAGAUGGACCACUUCUUGCAAGAAAAACUUUAAAAGAUCUCAUUCAGCCCAUAUCUUUACGAAAGAGACUUCUUGAAGAAUUUAUAUUAUCUGUUGCAAGGCCUGGUAUUGAACUUAUCAUUGAGAGCAUCAAUGACCCUUAUGGCCCAUCCAUCGUUGAUCCAGAUCUUCAAAUGAUAGUAGUCAGUAGAGAAACGGAAAAAGGUGGUCAUAUGGUUAAUGAUAAAAGAAGAGAAAGAGAAUUGUCUAUAUUGGAUGUACAUAUCAUUGGACAAGGUACAUUACUCGAGGACUCUACAUCUGAUACUAUUCCUUUCGAAGAGAACAAAGCAAGUUCUUCGAGUGCUAGAUUUCGUCUUCUUGGUACAUUGCUGAAGCCUAGCAAAGAUUUAUCUCUUGAUUUUAUUCCAACUUCAAAGAUGCCAAUUAUUCCUUACAUAAUCGGCCUCACAGGCGGAAUCGCUGCAGGGAAAUCAUCUGUGGCUAAAAGAAUGGAAGAAAUGGGGGCUAUAAUCAUUGACUGCGAUAAAUUAGGACAUAAAUCUUAUAUUCCUGGUUCUAAUGCGUACACUGCAAUUGUCAAACAUUUUGGAAAAGAAAUUGUAUCUGAUAUAGAUUAUGCAAUUGAUAGAAGAAAGCUUGGUGCGAAGGUCUUUGCAGACAAAUCUCAACUUAAUUUUCUCAACUCGGUAGUCUGGCCUGAAAUCGAGCGCCUGUGCAAGCAAGAAAUUUCUAAUCAUAUGCAAGAAUUGAUAAGUGCCAAAGAUGUAUCAAAGCCUGUUCAAGUUUUUGUUUUGGACGCUGCCAUUUUAUUGGAAGCUGGUUGGAAUGGUUUUGUACAUGAAGUCUGGGCGGUAAAUGUACCUGUGGAAGAAGCAAUCCAACGAAUCAUUGAACGUAAUAAUAUUUCUGAGGAAGACGCAAGGAAGAGAAUUAAUUCACAGUCAACAAAUGAAUGGAGGACAGAGAGAGCUAAUGUCGUUUUGAGUACGCUUUGGGAUCCAGCAGUAACACAGAAACUGAUUGAGAAGUCAUGGGAUUUGCUUGGACAAAGGCUUAAUAAAAGGACUUCAAAAGCGAAUCAGUGUAAUAUGGCAUCAUCUGUAGGAGAUAAAAGUCACAAGCUCUAAUAUGCAUGGUGCAGUAUCAUUUUCUUGUUGCGCCAUUUGUUUGUUUUGCUUCAUCUCUUGAGAAUCUUUUAGUUUUGUGCAACCGAUAAACUCUAACUCUUCCUUAAACACUUUAUUGUUGCCAUCAGUAGUGGGUAUUACCUAGUGACUGAUGUAAGUAAAUUUAAUUAUGUGAAGUUGAUUUCGUAUUAAUCCUAUAUAACUGUGCAACAUUUUUCGUUAAACAUAAAAAUUGGGCUAAAAAUUAGUCUAAAUAUAUUAAUUUACUUGUAGAGUUUGUGGUUAUAUAUAUUCUGAAUAUGGCUAUGGGUACCUUCCUUUACACAUGGAUUGCUUUGGACUUCGAUAUAUUUCAAAAUAGUGUGAUUGGUUCCGGUUUGACAUUAUUAUAGACAAUAUGUUAAAUUGUGAUCAGGUGUACAUUAUUACACAAUGUUAAUAAGUGUUAUUGUUGUUUAAAUUCCGUUAGUUAUGUUUAAUUACAUUCUAUGCAAAAUAAUUAUUGUAAUUGUGUUUUGGGAUUGGAUUUAUUUUGUGGGAGACGAAAUCUGCUUAAGUGAAGCUAAGUGUGAUGCGCAAAC